GAUCUAAGCCCAGACAAAGAGAAUACCCCUACACCUGUAGCUUCUCCUGCUAGGCAUGUUCAUGUUGAUGAUAUUGAGAUUGAUGAUGAUUUGGAAAAUGAACUCCUUGCUCAGCUGGACAUGUUGAUGGAUACUCCGGCUAAAUUUGGAUCUGCCACAGAUGGUAAAGGGAAGGCAGUUGCUAAAGAAGUGGAUUUUGACAUCAACCUUCCUACUCAGGAGCAGAUUAGUUUUGCGAUCAUGACCUUGCAGGAGCUCCUUGAUGGUGGUCCCUCCCAUUUCUGCAAAGUGCCGGACCAGCCAGCCGCCUUUGAAGCGGCUCAAAUCCUUAGCCGAGCUCCACAGUUAUCAUCAUCUCAACAAAAAUUCUGGGCAGACUUCACCACCAUCUACACCCAUUUCAGCAGAAAAUUUCGGGUGCUUGAAAGCAAAGUAGCGGCUGCAGAUUCUGUCAGGAAGUCUGUAGCGAAUAGCACUGUCGCUGUCUUGAAGAAGAAAGAAGAAUUCUUGGCAGCAAAGGAAGCUCAUGUCAUGCAAGUUACACAUGUCCAAGGGCUUAAAGAAAAAAUCUCUAACCUUGAAGCCGAGCUUUCGGAGUUGAAAAACCAGGUCCCUCUUGCGGAGCAAAGUGAAACAGAGUUUGGCAGAACAGAGAAACAAGCUCCGCGUAGACAUGGAAGUUGGUUUGAAAUCUGCUGCCAAGAUUAAGGAUCAACUACCUUCCUUCACAGCCUCAGCAGACGAAGCCGCCGAAGAGAUAAAGACCAUGAAAGAAGAAUGGAGCUCAUGGCAAAACAACCUUGGUUGAUUUUUCUCUUAUGUAUCUUCUUAUCUCUUUGUUGGCUGGGAUUGCACAUUGUUAUGUCUGAACAUAUUGUUUGCGGCCUAUUGGCCAUGCGAACUUCUCUUCAAUGUUGAUUUC